UUCAUCGAUGAUUGCUGAUCGGCAGCAGAGCUUUCACUGCAGCUCGUUAUUGAUGAUCUGUUAUUAAUCAAUAGGGACCACAUUAUAAUUCGGCAGAGACCGACAGAAGCUGUUAAACGUUAUUGUGACUUUUCAGUCAAAUAUUUGACCGUUUUACGGAUAUUUAUCUUUACUCUUCAGCUGACGUCACUGUGUGCUGAAUGCUACGUGACUGGGCGGUAACUUCAGCUGUUUCACUCCCGACCGUAAACCUGUAAAUCUCAACGGAAUGAGAACUACAUGUUGGUUUAUUUGUUUGCCGAAAGUAGAAGAAGAACCGAGCCUUACCGGCGGGCUGAGUGUCCUGCGGGCUGAGUGCGCAGCGGAGUCAGAAACAGGAGAAAACACUAAAAUGUCUGCUUUUUAAACAGAGGUCGGAAUGAUGGCGGAGAGCUAUGCCGUCAUCAGGAGUCCUUCACCACUGCAGACUUCACCAUGAUCAGCUGAGUGACUGACAGCUGUCAGUCAUGAUCGGAGGACUCUUCAUUUACAACCACAAGGGGGAGGUCCUGAUCUCCAGGGUAUACCGGGACGACAUCGGGAGGAAUGCGGUGGACGCGUUCCGGGUGAACGUGAUCCACGCCCGGCAGCAGGUGCGGUCGCCGGUCACCAACAUCGCAAGGACGAGCUUCUUCCACGUGAAGCGCUCCAACAUCUGGCUGGCGGCGGCGACGCGGCAGAAUGUCAACGCCACCAUGGUGUUUGAGUUCCUCUACAAGAUGUGUGACGUCAUGGCGGCAUACUUCGGAAAGAUCAGUGAAGAGAAUGUCAAGAACAACUUCGUCCUCAUCUACGAGCUGCUUGACGAGAUUCUGGACUUCGGUUACCCUCAGAACUCAGAGACUGGAGCUCUGAAGACCUUCAUCACCCAGCAGGGCAUCAAGAGCCAGUCUAAGGAGGAUCAGACUCAGAUCACCAGUCAGGUAACAGGUCAGAUCGGCUGGAGGAGAGAAGGCAUCAAGUACCGCCGCAACGAGCUCUUCCUGGAUGUCCUGGAGAGUGUCAACCUGCUCAUGUCCCCGCAGGGUCAGGUGCUCAGCUCCCAUGUCUCUGGCCGGGUGGUGAUGAAGAGUUACCUCAGUGGGAUGCCUGAGUGUAAGUUUGGGAUGAACGACAAGAUCGUCGUCGACAAACAGGGGAAAGGAUCAGAGGAUGGAGGGAAGAGUGGUAAACAGUCUAUAGCUAUAGAUGACUGUACCUUCCAUCAGUGUGUCCGACUCAGCAAGUUUGACUCUGAACGCAGCAUCAGCUUCAUCCCUCCAGACGGAGACUACGAGCUAAUGAGGUAUCGGACCACUAAAGACAUCAUCCUGCCAUUCCGCGUCAUCCCGCUGGUGAGAGAAGUCGGUCGAACCAAACUAGAGGUGAAAGUCAUCAUCAAGUCAAACUUCAAGGCGUCGCUGCUCGCUCAGAAGAUCGAGGUCCGGAUCCCGACCCCCCUCAACACCAGCGGGGUCCAGCUGAUCUGCAUGAAGGGGAAGGCCAAGUACAAGGCCAGCGAGAACGCCAUCGUCUGGAAGGUGAAGCGCCUGGCGGGGAUGAAGGAGUCUCAGGUCUCCGCGGAGAUUGAGCUGCUGCCGACCAACGAUAAGAAGAAGUGGGCGCGGCCUCCCAUCUCCAUGAACUUCGAGGUGCCGUUCGCGCCGUCCGGUCUGAAGGUGCGCUACCUGAAGGUGUUCGAGCCCAAACUCAACUACAGCGACCACGAUGUCAUCAAGUGGGUCCGCUACAUCGGCCGCAGCGGCAUCUACGAGACCCGCUGCUGACCCCCACCCCCCCACCACCGCUGACCCCGCCCCCCGCUGCUGACGGGAAGAUGGCCCAUGACAUCAUCAUUAUUGUUGUUGUACUGUACAGCCGUGUGUAUGUGUGUGUAUGUGUGUGUCUGUGAGUGUGUGUAUGUGUGUGUGUGUGUGUGUGUGUGGGGCUGCGUCUGUGUAUGUGUGCGUGCGUGCAUGCGUGUGUGUGUGCGCAUGCGUGUGUGUAUGAGGGGCAUUUUAUGCCAGCCAACUAUACUAAAACUCCUUAACCGCGUUGCCUGCGCCUGCAUAAAGACUGAUGAAUAGGCGUGCGUACAGGCACGCAAAUUGAGAGUACACCAGAUAAUGAAGGGAUGACGGGUGACAAGUGUCAUGCCAUUUGCGAACGCUUGUCCUGUGUUAUUGUCCUAAAGCCAGCGCUUUAGAUGCCUUAACGUGUGCUCGUGUAGACUUGAAAUAGCCUAAACUGUCUCAUCGGUCUCUCUUGGUAACACAUGGACUGCUUGAAUUGUGAAGCGAAGCAGCUGCUAAACUCAAAAUUUGUGAUAAAAAAGUAAAUAAUUAUUUGUACAUUGAGAAGAGCGUGCGCACAGGCGUCCACUUCGUUCGCUCGUGGCACUGCACGAAUGACCCCUCGCUAUUUGAUUUGCAAAAACACUACACAGCAUGUGCCUGUACGCUCAUGUAGAAUUGUACUUAACAGUCAUGCAGGUCUUCAUGUCACGUAUUUUAGGUGUAAUUCACCCGUCAUGCAGCCGUGCAACGUGAUGCUCGUCUGUCCAUUGAAAGAGAAUGGAAUCUACGCACACACGUUAGAGGUUUGAUGUCAUCGCAUAAGCGAUGUACACACGUUUUACUAUAGUUCGCUGACAUAAAAUGCCCCUCGUGUGUGCGUAUGUGCGUGUGUGUGUUUCUGUGUGUGUGCGUACGUGUGUCUGCGUGUGGGCAUGAAUGUGUGUGCGUGCGUGUGUGUGAUGCUGUCAAUGUUGUGAUUUAAAACAGGUGAUUUCUUGAAACACUACAUUUCCCAUGAUGCACCUGUGUAGUCAGUCUGUGAACCAGCAUGCUUUGCUGUCAGUGUUCGUUCUUCUGUCUGAAUUAAUUUUCUAAUUAUUUCUAUUGUUUUUGUAUCCAGGUGUGUGACAGAUUCUGAUCAUGUUUAUGUAUUGUUGUUGUUGUUCGUUUACAGCUGAUUGAAUAAAGACUUUAUUUACUA